AUGGCUGGUCGGCUCGCUGGCAAGAAUGCCGUUAUAACUGGUGCUGCAGGUGGCAUUGGACUUGAGACGUCCAUCUUGUUCGCCAAGGAGGGUGCCCAUGUGCUGAUGGCCGAUAUAUCGCUCGAUGCCCUGGCUAAGGCACUUGACAAGGUCAAGUCGCUAGUGCCGGGCGCUCAGGUUGAGACAGUGAAAUGCGACGUUUCCAAAGAAGCCGAGGUGAAAGCCAUGAUCGAGCACGUUGAUGCAUGGGGUGGUCUGGAUAUCAUCUUCAACAACGCCGGCAUCAUGCACGCCGACGACGCCGACGCGGUCGAUACGCCCGAGAACAUCUGGAACCUCACGCAGGACAUCAAUGUCAAGGGCGUGUGGUACGGUAGCAAACAUGCUGUUCUUGCUCUCCGCCGCCACAAGAAGACCAAGGGCUCCAUCAUCAACACGGCCUCGGUCGUGGCGCUUGUCGGCUCUGCGACCCCGCAGCUCGCAUACACGGCUUCCAAGGGCGCUGUCCUGGCCAUGACGCGCGAGCUGGCCAUCGUGCACGCCCGUGAGGGCUUCCGCUUCAACAACCUGUGCCCGGCGCCGCUCAACACGCCGCUGCUGCAGGAUUGGCUCGGCGACGACCAGGCCAAGCGUCACAGGCGUGAGGUGCACUUCCCGACAGGCAGGUUCGGCGAGGCCAUCGAGCAGGCCCAAGCCGUGCUGUUCCUGGCCAGCGACGAAAGCAGCUUCGUCAAUGGCCACGACUUUGUCGUGGACGGUGGCAUGACCAAGGCGUACGUCACCCCUGAGGGUCCAGCUUUGGCUGCACCGCAGAACAAUGCCAGCAAGUCGUCACUUGCAUGA